UGUAAACUAGAUCUCAAAUGAUGAGCAACAAAAUGAGCAUUGUACUAUUUGCACUAUUCUUCGUAUCGACAACCGCAAAUAUACCUGAACCAACGGACCCAUGUGUGACUGUAAAGAAUUCCCUUUUACUUGCCUCACAACUUGUUAAACAACUACAGGGUACUUGCAAUGAAAAUGUAACAACUGGAGGGAAUCAAGAAAUGGCAAAUUACAUAGAAUGCGCUACUAAAGGAGAUGUGAGAGAUAUGAAACAAGAAUUGAUGUCAUUGCGUGGUUUAGUACAGAGCUGUAGAAAAGACACGUGUGGCGUAUUUUAUCCAAGAGACUGUCAGGACCUCUUGCUUCAAGGUCACAGGGAGAGUAGGGUGUACACAAUUUUUCCAAAGAACGGGUCUAGCUUCCAGGUUUUCUGUGAUCAAGAAACAGACGGUGGUGGAUGGACGGUAAUAAACAUCAAAUUGAAAUUAACAACGAGCACAUGUCUUUUUUCCCUACUCUUUGUAAUCAUGAAGAAUCCUUAUUGUAGUGAACAAAAAGAAUGA